GUCUCCCCCUUCUCCAGGUAACCGGGGGCUCGGGGAAGUGGCAGCGGCGCCUGGAGCCGGAGAAGAGAACCAAUGAUGCGAGCUCCGAGUCGCUAGCAUCUUCCCCUAAAAGGGACACCAUGAGCAGCUUUUUACCAGACAGCAGCUGUUAUGAGUUGCUCACCAUAAUAGGCCACGGCUUUGAGGAGCUGAUGACGGUGAACCUGGCCAGGUAUAAACCAUCAGGAGAGUAUGUCACAGUCAGAAGGAUUAACCUGGAAGCCUGCACCAAUGAGAUGGUGACAUUCUUGCAGGGUGAGCUUCAUGUGUCCAAACUCUUCAACCACCCCAACAUUGUGCCGUAUAAAGCGACCUUCAUAGCUGACAAUGAGCUAUGGGUAGCGACCUCCUUCAUGGCUUAUGGUUCUGCAAAGGAUUUAAUCUGUACCCAUUUCAUGGAUGGAAUGAGUGAACUAGCUAUUGCUUAUAUCCUCCAGGGCGUUCUGAAGGCUCUUGACUACAUUCACCAUAUGGGCUAUGUACAUAGGAGUGUGAAAGCCAGCCACAUCCUGAUCUCUGUGGAUGGGAAGGUGUACCUCUCAGGCCUGCGCAGUAACCUAAGCAUGAUCAACCACGGGCAGCGGCUCAGAGUUGUCCAUGACUUCCCCAAGUAUAGCAUCAAGGUCCUACCGUGGCUCAGUCCUGAAGUCUUGCAGCAGAAUCUCCAGGGUUAUGAUGCAAAAUCCGACAUAUACAGUGUGGGGAUAACAGCCUGUGAACUGGCAAAUGGCCACGUCCCAUUCAAGGACAUGCCUGCUACUCAGAUGCUGUUGGAGAAGCUGAACGGAACUGUUCCCUGCCUGCUAGACACCACCACGAUCCCUGCCGAGGAGCUGACCAUGAAAACAUCCCGCUCGUGUGCUAACUCCGGGAUUGGUGAAGGGAUGGCAGUUAGCAACGUGAGGGCCGCCAAUGGGGAGUCAACACUGCACCCUUACCAUCGGACUUUCUCCCCCCACUUCCAUCACUUUGUAGAGCAGUGCCUGCAGCGUAACUCGGACUUGAGGCCAAGUGCAAGCACCCUGCUGAAUCAUUCCUUUUUCAAGCAGAUCAAACGUCGUGCGUCCGAAGCACUUCCUGAACUAUUGCGCCCUGUCACACCAAUCACCAACUUCGAAGGUACGCGGCCACAGGAUCCCAGUGGCAUUUUUGGACUGGUAUCCAGUCUGGAACAGCUAGAGGUGGAUGACUGGGAAUUCUAGAGCAACGUGGCAAAUAAUACAGUUCCAAGCCCUUGAAGGAGCUUUCUGGACAUAGUAAUUUAUUGACCCCUCUCAAAUGACGCCGCGAUGAAUGUUACAUGCAGAAGAGUUUACAUGACUAUGGUAAGGAACUUCACCUGUUUACUUGAGGAGUAGAGCCUGGAAUCACUCUUGGACAGAAACUAGCUGGAAAAAGGGAUCUGUUUGUAGGAAUGCUGAAUGUUUCCUGCUUGGUGCCAGGAGCCUCCCAGCUCUUGCUAUUAAGCACCAGGUAUAGGCUGUAUUCGUUUUGCUCGCCAGAGUUGAGUCAGUCCCAAUUUGUUGGUCUCCAUACACGUCGUUUUCCCCAUGUUACUGACUCUCUAAUGUUCAGAGGGUUCUGUGUGUCUUUAGCCUAGCUUUAGAUAGUCCCUUUGUUUUGUUCCUUUACAAGGGUGCCUUUGAGACAAAUGUGGGAGAGGGGAGAAGGAAUGCAACUCUUCUUAGACUUGGCGGUCUAGAAGAGAAUGUCCAGGUUAUCACCGUGGCAUUCUUCUCACGGGGUCACUCUUUUGGCAAUAACAGAUGUAGCCUGCUGCUUUAUUGAGAGGAAAAUGGAAGACCAGACAGCACUGGAAAAAGGUGUCCCCUUCUAUUCCAGCCAUGCUCAGAGGCUUGGAGAUUCCUCUGCAAGGCUGCAUUCGUCUCUUCAAGGAGACGGGUAGAUCUUCGUUGUUUGUUUUUAAACUCUUGCCAUGUGGUGCUGAAUGCCCUGACGUGCAGGUCAGAAGAGCUUCUGGGACUAACCAGCUGCUCCUGUCCCUUCAUGUAGCCACCUCAGCCACCAGCUGCAUUUUUUAAAAGUAAGAUGCCGUUUUGAAUGUCUUUGAAACGGCACCAUACUAUAUUUUACAACAAAUGCCAUUUGUCUGGCUGGUCUCCUCCUGCAGCAAGGCUAAUGUCACUACAUGAAACGUGCUGGCCAGCGUCUGUUUCUGAGAACCUACCAUGGGAGGGGGAAAGGUAAGUUGGGAGCUCGCUCUCUGUGUGCUGCUUUCUGUGCAACUCUGUGCCCUGCCAUGGGCGGAGCCUCUGCUGCUGUGGCAGCUCCUCCCUUCACUGUGGUGGUCCGGUUCUCCAGACUGCAUUUUAAGGCCUUUUGUUCAUCCUUUCUAAGCAUCAUAGAUCUUCCUUCUCAAUGAAGCACUGAGAAUCCGGUCCUGUACUGGUGGUCACCGAGAGCAGUGGUGCUGGCAACAAGUCCUUUUUGUGUUUAUAAACUGUACUUGAACCCGAAUAAAGUUUGUUACUCUAGUUUUGUUGCCAAAACAAAUAAAAAUGUAAGUAUUUCUGAA